GUUGUUCGCUUUGUGUUGCCGCAGUAUUCGCCACAAUAUAAUCACACAUUCUACAAAACUAUUUUUUACCGACUAAGACUUGAAUUAUCAAUACGGCAGUGGUGAAAAGUUCAGAUGGAUUUAUCAAAUAUAUGCCGUGCCUGUUUGUCGCCGGAAGAUCGGGUGCAUCUGCUAGAUUGGUAUCAGCCUGUUGACUCUUUGGAUAUAUCAUACAAAGAGUGUUUUUGUAAAUGUACACAAAUUAAUUUAAGUUUGAAAGAUGAUCCAAAUGAACUCGAUGAUGCCCGGAUGCAAUAUUUAUGCCUUGAUUGUGCACAAAAACUUAAAGACGUUUAUGAUUUUAUUGAAAAGGCGAGAAGGGCUGAUAAUGAAUUACGUUGCACACAAACGGAAAAAGUGAAGAUAGAAAGUAUCGCCAACACUUUUGAAUGGGUUCCAGUACAUGAAGGGCUAAUGGAAGUAACUAAGAUGCCAGAUACUGUAGAUAUGGAUCACGUAGAGGAUAUAAAAGUAUCACCAGAAUGGAAUGAACAUUUUAUGGAUGAUGAUGAAACAUCUGCAUCAAAUGAUAUCGAACACGAAAUAAAUAUUGAUAAAAAACUUAGUACUGACACUACAACAACAACAAAGUUUCUAGUUUAAUCGGAUAAGGAUAUGCAGAGCGGCAAUAACUUAAAUGAAGCUGGGCUGGUCUUAUCGAAAAAAAGUAAAGAACUCAAUCUUGCUCAUACAAGACCUAAAAACGUAAAGAAAACAAACAAAGUAAAAUCCGAGGUGAAAACAAAAAAGAAAGUCAAGGACAUGUCUGAGCCGGUGAAGUGUGAAGAAUGAGGGAAAAUAAUAAAAAAACAUAAGCAACGUCAUAAACCAAAAACUUUUCUUUGUCAGGCCUGCCGUAAGUAUUUCCGUUCCUUUUAACUUGUGGACUAAUUUCUAUCUUUGUUGAAUUUACCUUCGCCAGCAAAAACAUUUAAGGGGUCAUGUGC